UCGGAAAAAUGAACCAUCGGAAAGUUGAAUGGCUGGAUCUUCGACGGACGACGGUCGGACCACAGGACCUGUUUGACGUUAUUCGGCACCUCAACAAACGACACCACCACACUACGAACCUAGCUAGAGCUACCAGCUAGCUAGCGUACCUAGCUAGCUAGGAGCACACCACGCGACAUCGUCUUCUCACUUCUUUGCUUCUUUGCAGACAACAAACAAAACAAACAAAUCAAAAUGUCCGACCGAGGCACCCCCCCAGUGUCUCAAGAGGCGGCACUGUCUCCUCGUUCCUCUCCGACUCUGGAAGAUGGUGCAUCCGAAGCAGCGGCACCGGAACCACGCCCUGCCAAGAAGACCAAAAAACCCAAACGCAAGCGCAAGGCAGCGGAUGCUACCCCUGCGGUAGGAUCAGACCCCGCGGUGGAAGCUGCCAUUAGUAGUAGAAAGAAUAAAAAGACCAAGAAGAAAAAGGAACGCGAUAAGCACCCCGAAAAGGAGACCAAAGCCAGCAGCAGUGCCGCUGCCGCUCCCAGUGAGCCUCCUCCGCCCGCCGAUAAUCGCAAAAAGCCACGCAAAAAAGCACCUCCCAAAGUACACCAGCAGCAGCCCAAUAAUAAUAACUCGGACAGUCUUUCCGAAGCGCAAAAGACCGUCAAUGAACAGAUGCGCCGUGUCUUGGAAGAAGACCAGUAUUCGGCCACUGGAAGCAUCGUCGACACGGAUAGUGAACAUGAAGACAAUCUCACCUAUCGGGGAGAAACGGUUCGCAUGGACCGAUCGGCACUCAUGGGAGCCAUGCGCAAGCACCUUUGGAUGGAACGACUGCAUAGCAGCAGUAGUGGCAACAAUACUGUCGUCACUCCCAAACCGGGUGACGACGAAGAGGAAAACGACAAUCGCCGAGGACGCAAAAAGAAGAAAAAGGGAAAACGCAAAGAGACCCCUCCCGGUGACAAUGACCACAGUCGCACGGUAGAAGAGGCACCUGUGGAAACCAGUCGUACCGCCGACGCCAUUGUCAAUCCUACCAGCAUGGGAGUCACGGCUACAGAAGAUGUGACUGAUGAGUUUGAUGAUCGAGAUGGAGGAUCCAUCUUUGGGCAGACCACUGGUUCCAGCAAUGCCACUUGGGUGGAAUGCGACAAAUGCAAAAAGUGGCGGCGUCUUCGUGGUGUGGUGGAUGAGAAAAAACUUCCCUCGAGGUGGUACUGUUCCAUGAACAAGAAUGACCCGGAACGUGCCCGAUGCUCGGCACCCGAAGAAGAGUAUGAAACUCCUCCUACACCCGAAAGUGCUGCGGAUGCCCGCACUCGCAAGCAUCUGCGUGUCUGGGUUCGGAGGCUACAGUGCCAUGAGGCGUAUGAAUCACGACAACCCACUUGGACGCGAGGACGCAAGAAAGCCACCUCAACCUCCAAGGAACCCUAUGAAUGGGUCCGUUGCUGCAAUCAGAGCUGUGGCAAAUGGAGGGCCAUCUUGCGCAUCAUGGAUGCCAAGUCCGGUGUCAUUGAUGGGACCCGUGAUGGUGAGUGGUACUGUGUCAUGAACACCUGGGAUGAAAAGAUGGCCAGUUGUGCAGCACCACAGGAGAACCUGCCAGCGAUUGGUUGCCCUGGUUGGGUCCAUCAGGACGAAGAGUAGUAAUUGGUGGCUGGUAGAUUGUGGAGGCUUGCUUGUUGAAUGGAUUUUAUUUGUGCCAAUGAGGCUGGCUGAUGGCCGGCGGUAGAGUUCUAGUAGUAGUUAGUUUUUAAUGAUUGUGUGAGCUACACAUGUAGGAAGUAAAUGCAGGUCUUUUCUUGCUAGAAAACAAGGAAUGAUUUCCCAGUCAACAAAUCUUUUUGUUCGGCAGAACCAAGCCCAAAGAUCUCGUGUAAUCCUACUUCUACUUGGUGAGGAACAUCUAUCUCUUUAAAGAAGUUGAAUGUGGCGCCAAUCGAAUUUCCAUGGCAGAUUGUCCCUGGCUGGGUACCAGGUACCGCUAAGUGUAGCCGCUCUCGCUUUGGAGCACUUGAUUCUAAUGGCUGUAUCUGGGGAUAUCCACUAGUCUAAUGUUUACAUUCGAUAAUACCGAAGGCUUUCAGAUCGCAAAACACCAACUUGCUAUCU